AUGGCUCACUUGGUGUAUUCUGAUUCAAUGGGUGGAUCACAGCAUGGUCAAGGUGUGGAAUUUUUUCCAUCCAAGACAGGGUCCCUAAAAGUGUUGUUGUUACAUGGGAAUUUGAAUAUUUUGGUGAAGGAAGCAAAGAAUCUCCCAAACAUGGAUUUAUUCCACAAAAGGCUAGGUGAUAUGUUUGGUAAACUUGGUACUAAAAUGGAAGGGAAAAUGUCUAGUAAGAUAACAAGCGAUCCUUAUGUCACAAUCGCGGUCUCCAAGGCGGUAAUUGGUAGAACUUUUGUGAUUAGUAACUCUGAGAACCCUCUUUGGUUGCAGCACUUUUAUGUUCCAGUUGCACAUUAUGCUACAGAAGUUCAAUUUGUGGUGAAAGAUAGUGAUGUUGUGGGCUCUCAGUCUAUGGGGGCUGUUGGGAUCCCAGUAGAACAGAUAUUUUCCGGGGAAAGAAUUGAGGGUACUUAUCCGAUACUCAAUGCGAAUGGGAAACCGUGUAAGGUCGGGGCUGCCUUGAGUCUGUCAAUUCAGUACAUACCGAUGGAGAAAUUGUACCUUUAUCAUGGUGGGGUGGGAUCAGAUCUUUCGUAUCAGGGAGUCCCGGGUACUUAUUUUCCUCUAAGGCGAGGAGGGAAUGUGAAGCUUUAUCAAGAUGCUCAUGUACCCAAUAGUUCAUUACCGAAUUUGUUGUUGUCUAAUGGUAGGCCGUAUCAGCAUGGACAGUGUUGGCGGGAUAUCUAUGACGCCAUAAGUCAAGCUCGACGUUUGGUUUAUAUUACCGGGUGGUCUGUUUACCAUCUAGUUCGACUUGUUAGGGACGAUCCGAAUACAACAAAUAGCAGCUUAGGCAAUCUACUAAAAGUCAAAUCACAAGAAGGUGUGAGAGUGCUGCUCCUUGUAUGGGAUGAUCCUACUUCUAGGAGCAUUUUCGGGUACAAAACUGUAAGAAUCAACUCUUUAGUGUUUUCAUUUUUCAAUUGCGGUAGAACCUGA